CACAAACAAUUUAAUGUCACCGAAAACAGUCCAAUAAGUGUACUUCACUUCAUGAAUGACAGUACGGUUUUAGUAGUCGAAUCUUAACUAAAAACUGACGGAAAGUAAAUGAAUUUGGUGCAAGAGUGGUACAACUAUUCAUUAAGGUCAAUGAUUUAAGAUCGUAAACAAACACGGAACAGAGCGACGUAAGGCGUUCAAAUUACAUAAGUACUUCGAAUGGGGGGUAAGACUUACGUUUCGAGUCCCAGUUUCGCUUACUUAGUUACUGAAUCGGAAUGGUGCCCCUAGAAUGAAUAAUAAAACACGAUAAUUUUGCAUUUAUGUGUACUAUUACUGCUGUGUACGUGCGGGGUGUCGAAUGGUGUAAAACCUGUACACAGUAAUAAAUGAGAGCUCAAGACGACACAAUGGAGAAGGGAUUCGAGCUUGGUGGUCCAGAUCGCAAAUUUUUCGAACUGAAACGACUGGUUUCUGUGGGCAGCAUACGACUUGCUACCCGUUACGAGGUUGGAAGGAGACAGCUUCUCGCAUUUGUCAUGGGGUCAGGUGAUCUCUGUUUGUACUACCUUUGCAAUGAAGAUAAUGAGAAGCCCGUUAUGCGACACAUCCCAUGGUACCAAGAUAAUAGCCGUAUGAUCUCAGCCAUGUGUUUUGAUCCUUCAGGCUCGUGGCUGCUUGUUGCAAGCUGUGAUGGAACACUUGUCAUUGUACCAGCACUGGCUUUGGUGGACAGUGCUAAAGCCAAAGAUCACCAGUGGUCUACGACAGAAGUGACAGUUUUUCCUUCAGUCACCUCUCCCCCUGCUGCUUCAUUGUCUGCUAGCAGCUUGGCUAGCUCUGUCAAUGGAAGUCCACUCACUACUCGCCGUAGUUCAGCAGCUCGACCCACAGCAGUUGUGUGGUGGCAGAGCAUUCUGGGUUGCCAUCAUACAGCUAUUGUAGGAACAGAAACUGGAACCAUAUUUUUUGUGAAUCUCUCGACAGGUGUCCAAGUGGGCACAACCUAUGUGAGAGAUGCUAUAACUGAACUACACAUGUGCCAAGACAACAGUCUCGAUGUGAUCUUCUUACUGAUCACUUGUAUUAAUCACAGUCAAUGGAAGCUGCUUCUGGAACAGCGUACCACGGGAUACACUUGGCCUGUUGACAGUGCCAGUCAUGCCAAGCCAUACAGCACCAGCAGUCAGUGUCAGUCUACAAUAGUCGAGUCUGAUGCAAAUGGAAAAAGUCUUCCCAGAUCACGUCUCCAGGGACUGAAACAGUUAUCAGUUGAGAAAUUGACCAGCAUUCGCAACAAAUUGGUUGAGACACGAUCACGAGGGAUAGCUGUAGUGCAGCAUGUACGGAGAGAAAGCAGCAGUAGCAGCAGUGAUGAUGCAGCAUCAUCACAACAGAGAAAGUCUUCUAUGACGUCUUCUACAUUUAGUGAAGUUUCAUCAUCAUUUGUAACAACUGGACCAUUACCUGAAUCUCUGAGUGCCCAUGUUGGCGAAACAUUUUUGAGCCCACAAUAUGCAAGGGGACGAUACCUCCUUUCUGGUUAUUACACACCUUCCAGCAUCCUUACUAUUCAUGGAAUGGAUCUUGAAGUUGUCCCACUGUUUGUCCACAAAUUACCUCCUGAGUGUGGAUAUAUUCUGGUCACUGACAGAUUUCUGUUUGUCACCGACAGCAAAAAUGAAAAACUGUCUGUUAUUUCAACACAGUUGUCAGAAAGCAGACUUGAUGGUGACACGGAUUACAAUCCUGACUCGGUGAUAAAUUCAUUUGGGUUUAAAGAUGAUGAAAGAAUUUUAAGUGUGUUUAAACACUCUGCAUCCUACCAAAGAAAAGAAGAAACAAACAGACAAGGGGAUACAGAACAGAGUGAAAGUAGGAAGGAUGACAGAUACAGGAAGUAUGCAAAAGACUUGGACAAACAAGGGGGUCAAUUUGUAUUACCACAAAAAGUUAGUGACUUGAAAAUUGAUGCUCCAUCUAUUGACACCAUUAUUAUUGUUACCAAUCAUGGACUGUAUGAAGUAAAAUUGAGCCAUCCUCCUGUUGAGAUAUUUAUGGAACUGAUAUUAGAACAUUCUGAAAUAGAACGAGCUGAACGUUUGGCACUCAUUUUUGGCCUCAAUCUGCAACAGCUACUGGAAAUGGCUGGAGAUCUCAAGCUAUCAGCAAAGGACUUUCCUCAGGCCAUUGCUCUCUACAAACUCUCUAGAUGUCGACAUCUGAAGAGUGUAUUAAAGUUUGCUGUGGCAGGACAUUCUGCAGAACUGCUUGGCUACAUAAAUCUACUGUUAGAGACAACUGGACUUGAUCUCACCACACCAGAGCGUAUCCAUCUCGCUAAUUUGGCUGUAAUGGCACAUUCAGAGCAAGUCUUACGUGCUACUGCAGGAAAACCAUCGCUUUUGAGAAAAUAUUUGAAGUUCUUAUGUGAGAAUCCUCAUUAUGAUGAGGUACUUGCUGUCAAUGUUGCUGGACAAACUGGUUUAUGGGAUGUUCUACAUUAUCUUUGUGGUCAAAGGGGACUUCAGUUUGAGGUGCUAGAGGUCCUGGCUAAGGCAGUCCAAUCUUCUGAAUUUUCUCAACACAAUACUGUAAUGGCUCCUUUUAGCUCUGCAUUAUGGCGCUGCUUGAGUGAACCUUCACUACUUCAAGCCCUUAUAUGUCGACCAGUACAAGCGGGCCACCAUCUACAAUUUGUUAGUACACAUUUGCCAUACCUAGGAGAAGAAGUGUUGGAGAGAUUGGCUGCAUUAUAUGAUCCGUCAUCACCCGUACUUUGGCCUGCUGUGACUCGACUACUAUUAUCCAGACAACAUAAAAAUUCUUGCAGCAGUUCCUACUCAGCUCAGGAAUCGUUUGACAUCACAGACAGUAAUGAAGAUCACAGCAUACCAAUACAGAAGAUGAUAACUGUAUUUUUGAUCAUAUUAUUAUACCUUGCGAAGCAACGAAACAAACAUCAUGUGUAUUUGCCAGAGCUGAUGGAGAGAAUAUCUCUGCAUAAGGAUCAGCAAACAGAGGAUGUUCCAUUAAAAAAAAAUGCUGGGAAUGUGGCAGCAAACAUGUUGAGUGCUGGUUUUGCUCAUGUCGCUGUUGUUCGUAAUUCUACUGUGUAUACUUGGGGAAAUGCAGGUCAAGGAUGCCUGGGUACUGGUCCAACAAUGUCUCGCUUUGGCACUCCUCAUGGCCUCUCACUGUUCCCAAAUCUGAAGGUGGAGGUGAGCGCUGUGGCUUGUGGGCGCCAACACACUCUUGCUCUUACAAGCAAUGGGGUUUAUGCAUGGGGAUCAUCACAGUUUGGACAGCUUGGCAUUGGAAGUACAGGGCAGUCUUCAACUCCAAUCCUCAUCAGUGGACUUGCAUCAGAAUUAAUUACUUCCAUCUCUGCAGGGCAAUACCAUUCACUUGCCCUUACAGCUGAUGGCAGGGUUUAUUCUUGGGGUUGGGGUGUACAUGGACAACUUGGUAUUGGUUCAAUCGAAGAUGCUCUCCAUCCAAAACCAGUGAAGCGUCUAAAUGGACAGGUUGUGAAGCAGAUUAGUGGUGGCCAUGGCCAUUCUCUUUUCCUCACUGAAACAGGCGAAGUAUUUACUUGUGGUUCAAGUGUCUUUGGGCAAUUAGGAAAUGGAGGAAAUAUCAAGAGUUCCACACCAGUACUAGUGUCAUCUCUCCCAGAAACCUGUGUUCUUGUAUCAACAGGAUACUUUCAUAAUCUGGCUUUAAGUACAUCUAACAAACUGUACUGCUGGGGCUCUAGUCCUCAAGUACUUCGUCUUCAAGCCCAGGCUCACAAAAAAGCACGAUUAAUGCAAAAGCAUACUGCCCCAGCAGCUGACAAAGCUCCUUCUCCACCAGCAUCACCACAUGCGGCAGUUGUUGUCAGUCCAACUAUGGAAUUCAAGGGCUUGGCAGCAAUGGGAACUGAAUUAGUAGCUGAUCAUUCAAGUUCACCUCAACGAACAUCAUCUGAUGUAUUGAGUGAUAAAGAAGGGCAACAUCAUCUGCUCCCCCAGGAAGUGGACACAUCAUUAGUUACUGGAACAAUAGUUCAGUUGUCCUGUGGCUGCCAUCAUUCAGCACUGUUAACAUCUAAUGGUACCCUGUAUGUCUGGGGCAGAAAUCUGGAUGGUCAGCUGGGCACUGGUUCACGGAAAGAAGUGUUAAUACCAACACCUGUUGCAUCCCAGAAAAAGCAGUCCCCUGCAUCAACAAUUAUCUGUGGAGGCAUUCCUGAAGACAGUCAGUUACAGCAAGUUAGCUGUGGCUGUGAAUUCACUACAGCAUUAGAAGCAGCAAGUGGGCGUCUGUGGGCAUGGGGCAGCAAUGCUCAUGGCCAGCUGGGCAGGCCACCUUUAGAAGAGGGCAAGGCACUCGAGGGUCGCCUCAUCAUGCUGAAGACAUCAAAACGUGUCAUUAAAUUGCCACAAGGUGCUCAUAAUGCUUGUGAUAUGCCACAGGAAGUGACAGGAGUUCCAAGUAACAGCAUCUCUUUUCAGGCCCAGCCUCAAGGACCAGUUUUUUGGCAGCCGUGUCCAUCACUGAAUAUUGAAGAUCCACCAUACGGUCCAAGGACACUGCAUUUUGCUUUGCAACACUUCCAUGGGCAUUAUGAUUCUGCAGCACUGUUAAGCAAGUGUGUUGAGCUGGAGAACUACCAGGCAGCUGCAAAACUUGCAUUGUUGGGUAGGAUGUAUCACCAGGCACUAUCUUUCCAGUUAAAGGCUUUGACUCUAGCUGUUGCUUCAGAUACCUGUAAGAUUUCCUCAGAGGAAAUUACUAUUCCUGAAGUAAGCACUCAUUCGAGUUUUGAAGAAUGCCAACCGUCUGGAAAGAUGAAUGUUUUCUCUUCUACCAACAAGCAUCAUGAAACUGUAGCUGAUAAAGACAUCUGCACCAGUGAACAUUCUAUUAACAAAGACAAAGAAAAAUCAAAAAUGGAAUUUAGUGAAAACCAUGCAGAAGAGACAUCGCAACUCCAACAGUCGUCAGAAUUUACAGAAGGGGACAGUGAAUAUUCUGUUUCUGAACAUUGUAGAACAGAUGCCGAAUCAAGUCAGGAUAUUAGUGUGAGUUCUACACCAGAGAAUCUUCUCUCUUUGGAAAUUCACCCAUUUGCUAUUCAGGGAGGGAAGGAGCAGAUGUCUGAGGAGACUCGGUACCUUAUGAGUCCAGAUUCUCCAUCAUCACUUCCCCCAGGGUUGCAGACUCCUGAUCUAACAAGCUCCCUUGGUAGUGAUGAAAGGUGUCCUUCAGUAGCACCUGAUGUGCUGUUUAACAGUGCUCUUGCAGGCAUUCCUGAUGAGAGUAAUGCAAACUCUUCACAUUGUAAUCAAGCUGAAGAUUCUAAAAUAAUGCCAGAAGUAAGAGUAAAUGGUAAUACAGAAUUAUUGUCCUCCAAGCAACUGACUGUCCAGGAAAGCAAUGUUGAACAGGCUUUGCAAGAAAAUAUCACAAAGGAAAAGGAAAGUAGUAAACCUGACAGUCUUCCAGAAAAAGCUCCUACAAUUACAGAAGCAGAUUCAAGUAGUUCUGGUCUUUUGACUAGAAAUGACAUUGUAAAACAAGUGACAGUAAUUAUGGAAUAUUAUAUAUCUGUUAUGGAAGAGGACAGCCAUACAGCAAUGAGUCAUCUUCUCCAGGAGGGUAUAGAAUUUUGGUUGCAGAAUGCUCUACCAGUGAAUCAUUUAGAAGAUCUGCUGCUGAAAUACAUGUCCAAACUAUUUUUUCCUCUUGGCCUUCAACUUUUCUGCAAGGAAGAUGCUGCAGUAUCUCUCAGUCACUUGUCUCCUGACUUCUGCCUCCAGCUGAGUGCUGCUCUGCUGAACAAUAUUGAACAAACCAAGAGAAUUCCACAUGAAUUUGCUGAAGUUCUUGCUGAAGUUGUGGCACCAUCUCAAGGAACUGUAAGUGAUAAGGAUAGUAAAUGUGUUGGUACGGAUCAGUUAAUGGAAACAGUACUGUCCAGUAUCACAGAUUCAAGCCUGUUAAGCCUCAGUGUUAAUCCUUCCACGGAGUCGGUAGUGAACGGAGAACAGUUGCUUGCUUUCACCUGUGGGCAUCAAUGUCCUCAAACAGUAACACAUGUUCCAGAAUGUCCAGCUACAUCACGUGUUUUACAGGAACUUUAUGAGAGCACAACACCACCUCUUGCAUGUCCCCACUGUGUAAUGGGAUAUUUACAAGACAGAAAGGCAACUGAAGUCUGAAACAAUCAGGUUGGCAGCCAGUCUACAAUGUUGAUCGGACUGUGUGGUUUAUACAAUCGUAAGCAUUGAAGAAAAUCUAUUUUAUUGUGAUAAAAAGUACGCUUAUUGGUCCAUGUCCUUUUUAUAAAUCCAUUACUGAAAAUUAAACAUUUAAGAUUUGUAAAGACAAUGUAAUCCUUGACUUAUAGAGUUUUAUAGUCAAUUGUGACAAUGAAACAUUUUAAUGUUGCCUUGUGGAUAUGCAGAUAACUUUAGAAUUACUCUGAGAGCUUUGAGUGUGUGGUGUGGAUAGUGUGAAUAAGAUGGCACUGAUUUAUGGUAGGAGAGAAGGCUAAAUCCAAAUAUGGAUAGUGACUGACAAAUUUUUUGUCUACAAGCAGAAGGAGAAUGGAAAAUAGUGCAUAUAAGUGUUCACUGAUAGCAAAAUGAAGAAGUAUAGAGCAUGACUAUUCUCUAAUGAUUUGGGAAAGUUAUCUAAUUUCUUGAAAAAGAGAUCUGGGUUCAAAUAAUUUUUGAAGAGGAGAGGACUCUCAAAAUUUCAGAAGCCUUUAUAAAUAAUUUUGUGUGUAAUCACAGCAUGUAUAAAAACGUGUUAACUUUUGAUAUAGGAACUUGUUUCUUGGUUGCGCAUGAUGACCACUGUCACAACAUGUAAGUUAUCAUACGUGUAUGAUGUUUACCUACAAAGAAACUGUGUUAGCUCUACCUGGAUGGAGCAUCCUCACUAGUCAUUGGAGUUAUAGUCAGGCUGUAAUCUCAGUGAUUCAUUUCCCUUGUUAUCAUGUUGUAUAUUGUAGAAAGUUUUGCAUUCAAUGUAAUGCAGCCAAAACCAUGAGUCAGCUGAGUAGCACUUCUUUUCAGUGAACUGAUUCAUGAAAAAUCCUUGAUUCUUUGGCAUUUUUCAUCUCCAGUCACGCAAGUGAAAUUCAACAUACAGUUACAGGUGCCAGGAGGCAGCUUUUAAAAUAAUGUUAAAGUGUGUGACAGCAUUUUUGGAAUUAAUUUCCAAUAAUCUUCAGUUUGAUGGCUGGGAAAGAAAACACUCAUAAUUGUAGUCUUAAAUAGAAAGAUUAAACUUCUCUUGAAUUGCAAACAUUACAUGUCUACAACAAAUAUCAAUUCUUUAGCUUUUUACAGUUUAUGAAAGUGUAUUAAUUGUUAAUAAAUUCCAGAUAUUGUUUUAUUCUGAAUAUUAUGUUACAUGCUUACUGUAAGUGGUAUGUAUUCCAAAAGAAAGCUAGGUAGAGGAAAAGUAUAUCUAUUGGAGUAUACAAAUCUUUAGUUGGGCUUGUGGCAACAUGUGUAAAUUUCUUUCCCUUCUUUGUAGGAAAACUUUUGUCUUUCAUAUUAAACAGCAAUGUACUAAGUCAUAAUUUGUGUAUUCCCUGAAUUCAGCUUAAAGUCUUGAUGUGUGUCUUAAAAACAUACCAGAAAUACAGUAUUUAACUGAACCUGAGUUCAAUGAAAUGUGUUAGUGUUAUAGGUCAUCAUUUGUACUACAUAAUGUCAGAAGCCCUACCUACAUGUUCAGUUUCACAUGUUCAUGUGAAGUUUUUGCACAAGUGUAUUAAGAAAGAGUUUCAAGUCUUUCAGAAUAUUUAUCCUAGUCACAGAAUGUUUUAUCAGUUUUGAGAUACAAAUUACAGUUACUGUUGUUAUCUAUCAUUAUAUUGUGUUUUUCUCUUUAGUGGUUCUUAGGAUUAACAAUAGUAUUUUAGAGGUCAUUUUUAUGUAAAUAAACCCUUUUUUGUAUAUACAUUGAAUUCAGGUGCAUAGAGGUUAAAACAAAGUCAACAUGUUGCUCUCUAACAUUGUUCUAGUCAUUUAAAAUUUUCUCAAAUGACAAAUGAUCAUUUGAGAUGAUAUGUACAUAUUUAACUGUCUUAUAUAAUGAAACUGAGCAUAAGUACAAACUUGCUACUCUUUAUUGGGCUGUAAAAUACUUAAAGGCAGUUAGCAUUAAAGAAACAUAAGUAAAAGAUCAGGUAUUAAAUGUUCAACAUACUCGAAUGGUUAAAGAGUGCAUGUAUCACUACAAAGCCACUUGUUGUCAGUUAUCCAUUUUGUGUUUCCAGACAAAUAAUAAAUCCACAUGUAUUCAUAACUGAAUGUGGUAAUAACAAACUGCUAAUAUUUAUAAACAGAGCCAGUACAACAGUAAAAUGAAAUCCUUUUGGGCCAGACAUUCAUGAUAUGGUCAUAUUAUUUUCUGCAGCCCAUACAAAAUAUCAGAUUGAAACUAGGCAGAUGUAUAAAUUUCAACAUCAGUUUUAAGUAGUACCAAUUCAAAAUGUUUGGUUAAAUUAUUACUAGUGUUCAUUAUUGUUCAUAAUUUAUGUAAAUGUCUUCCAGAGUAAUUUUAGAUUUGAAUGAGACAUAAUGAAAGAUGUCAUAUUCAAUAUGUAACUUUUAUAUUCAUAAUAACUGCUUGCUGUGGUAUGGUUGCACCUGAUUUACUGCCUCAUUUUUAUUAAUUCAUAGAUGUUAAAAAGAACUUGCUCCUCCAAAAACAUAUACUUGUACAUAUAACAUCAGGAAACUGGGAUAAUCUGUAUGUAGAUGAUAGAAGACAACCAUAUCAACUCUCUGUAAUUAUAUUUUUAAAUGCAAUCUUAAUUUAUGUCAUGAAUAUUAUUACAUAAUAACUUUUCCUGUUAAAAUUAUUGUUUUUGUCUGAAGGUUGUGAUGUAUAAUAUUUGCAAUGACUACAGCAACACUGUUGGAUUUUUUUUAGAUAUAACACUCACUCUUGUGAGUAGGUGUAUCUUCAUGUAUAAUUUAAAUUAAAAUGUAUAUCCUACCAUUUACAUGCAACACUGUUGGAUUUUUUUUAGAUAUAACACUCACUCUUGUGAGUAGGUGUAUCUUCAUGUAUAAUUUAAAUUAAAAUGUAUAUCCUACCAUUUACAUGAGACUGCUUGUCAUCACUAGUACUUUUAACGGUAGUCGUUGUCUCUUGUCUAGAAAAUGUGUGGAGAUUUGUCAUUGUAUAAUACCAUUAUGAAUAUUAUCUCUUAUAGAAAAUGGUAUACCCAUUAAUUUUGAGAGACAGUUUAAAAUGUGAGAUAACAGGUAAUCUGGUCUCUUAUGAUGUGCCCUAAGAAUUUGAAAA